AUGGACCACCCCAACGCCUCGCAAGCCCCCUUCGCCCAUCUGGAUCAACUCCAUAGCAGUCAACUGCAAAAUCGACGACUUCGACCGCCGGACAUGGAGAAAAUGGCUCUUGGUGACGAGAACCGCACUCCCCUCCGGCCUAAUGCGGAAAGACCCCGUCGUCGGGAUUCCAAGCUCCUCGGCCUAUUUAGCCGCCAGAAGAGCACCGUUGAUUUACCCAUGCCUCAACCGCAGCAGCUACCGCAAUCGCAACCCGCAUUCUCAUCCUCGGUGAGGGACCUGGAGCUACCUCCAAGGGGUGGGCUGCGUGCAUCUCUGGCCGAAAUUAGCAAUUGGCCUUAUGCACUUCAAUCUACUCGCUCCGAGGUCGCGCUUCUCGAUCCCACUAUCCCACCACAGAUCUCAGCAUCGCCCUGUCAUCAUAGGCCACCUCCACCCAAACCAAGUAGGAGCCCUUCAUUCACAACUAACAGCAUACCGGUGCCGAAUCCUCCCAGCUUGCCUCCCGCACGGUCGACAAGGGGGGCAUUGGCAACCUGGGACCCACCACCGUUGUUCCAAGGAUACCCCCAGGCCAUACGGUACAUUGAGCUUCCGGCUUGUACUCAAUCAGCCGAAGCCAUCCUUCGCAUGAAUGGGAGAAGCACUGCCGAUCAGGCCGAGGCCGUCCCGGACAAGACUCGGGACAAGGGGAAAAGGAAACAUCGACGGGCCAGCUCUGGAAACUUUUUGAAGGCUGAUUGGACGACCAAGAUUUACAUCUUGGUCACAUCGGGCUACUUGCUUCAGUAUGCUGGCGAGGGCUCCUUCGACCGGCUUCCUGAGAAGAUUCUUCCCCUGGGCAAGGACUCGGUCGCCUUCGCCAGCGACGUUAUUCCUGGAAAGCACUGGGUGGUUCAAGUAUCGGCGUCUAUGGACUCGGACGGUACCGCGACCGCUGACCCUCGGGCCUCAAUACUGUCCCGGCUACCAUUUCGCGGUCCCGAAAGGAGACAGGCUUCACACUUCCUCAUGGUAUUUGAGUCCGCCGAAGAGAUGGACCAGUGGAUUGCUAUUCUUCGUCGCGAGAUAGAGCAUCUGGGAGGCAAGAAGAGCUUAUCCGAGACAGGAAAGCCAAAAGCCGACGACGAAAGACUCGAACUCCGGGCGCAGGCCAGUCAACGAACACUGGUACUUAGGGACCCCGAACGUUUCGCACGACCGACAGUAUUGGAUGGGGACCGUUGGGGGAUUGAUGAGCACACUAAUGGACAGGACGCACAAUCCACCCUGUUGACCGACUCGGAUACAGCAACGGAUCAUCAGUCAUUUGACGAGAUGUCGACGACCAACAGCACAACUUCUCAUGAUGGGAGGCAGCUGGAGAACCUAAGGGAUGGUUCGAACCGGCUGUCCUUCAUCUCCUCGAGCCAGCGAACUUUUGUAACCUCAGAGGGCACAUCGCCCGCGUGCUCGCCGAGUCGAACCAGCUUUUCCAGCCAAAUCGAGGACGGCCCGUUUUCGAACGACGGUUUGGUUACGGAAGCCAAGCCGAGGCCGAAUGCACAGGCGAUUCUACAAAGGAGGAUGUCCAUGCAGGCUACCAACCCUUUUGCAGACAUUCAGAUGGCGCCGCAGGCACAAUCCUCACGAUCCAACAGAGCGUGUCAUUUAGAUGGCACACAUCAAAACAUUACAAAUACGUAUUGCACACGGAACUUCAGCAUGCCGCACUCGGCAAACAAGCGUUUUUCUGUGAUCUCCAGCCCUGGCUCAUCCCCGGAGCCCGCACUGGAGCUGUCACCACAUGCGACGGGACUGUCGGCGCCGCCAAGACCUUCCUCGAAAAGGGGACCCCCGCCUACACUUGGAUUCUCCAGGCCACUAUCCAUGGUUCCCGAUCAUCCUUCCCCGAUUUCGCCACCAGGGGUUCUGAGGAAGAAAAACGGCGACAACAGACAGUGGGGGGUAGGUGCGGAUAGCCCCGAACCACGCUCUAUAUUCCAGAUCUGGGCUCAAGAGGCCUCGACGAAACCGCCCUUGCCCCCGCAAGAGGUGACUGCGGAUGAAGCUGCGAGGCGCGCCAGUGUACACGCGCUCAUGCCCAGCAGGAUGCCCCGCCACUCACCAAACUCUCAAAGUCGACAACAGACUCAUAUUAAAAAUGCCUCGAAAGUUACAACUCCCGACCAGGGAUUUGUCAGACGAAGGUCUUUUGCAUCACCAGGCGUCUCUGCAAAGUCUGAGAUGAACCCGCAAAGUCAUUCAGGACGUGCCGCUUCGUCUGCGGCCGCUUUUUAUGGCUCGCCAACACCGCAGCGUCGCAGUUCACCCCGAUCAAGCGUACGAGCUAUCGCCGCAGCCGCCGCCACCGAUGCUGCAGGGGCCUCCAACACGCCCACUCCCCCAGCCGCCCACAUCACAGCCGAAGCAGACUCGGCAGCGUUCGAUGCGGAGCUCGACGUCGGCGCAAAAUUUGCGGGCAGACACUGA